GUUCCUUCAAAUCACCCUGAGUCGCCGUUUUUUUAUGUAAUUUGAGCGUUUUUACUGGUUGACAUGAACGUUUGGUCUCUUCCAUGGCUCCUCGCUGCCUGGGCUGCGAUGAGCCUUCUCAACAGUGUGCUCUCUUCUGAGGUGACCGUGAGGCACAAACAGCUGAAGCUUUGCCCAGAAGACAAUAGAAUGUGCGUGAGCCGCCCCACAGACUGCACACCUCCACCUCCGUCAUCAGUGCAGAAGAGUCUGAACAUGUCAUGUUACUACCAAGACUCUCCAAACAAGAUCGUAUCGUGUGUCUGGAGCCCGGAGUCAACGAGGCCGUCUGAUGCCACUCUGAUCUUUAGCAGACAGAGUAAUAUCACAUCCUGUCGGGGCAUCUUCAACCUAGUCUCUGUCCUCAACGUGACAGUCAGGACAAAGGACGUGAUGGGGGUGGAGAUCUGGUCUCAGCCUCACACCCUGAAUUUUACUCAGGCAGAAAAACCCUCUCAGCCUGUGCUAACGGUCCUUGACUCUGUUGAGGACUCUCUUGUUGUGUCCUGGAUGAGCAGUCACAACGGCAGCUGCCAGCUUCACUAUAGACUCAACAACACCCUCAUGUGGACCCAGGCUCCAGAUGAUGUUUCUGUUGUUGCAACACAAGAAAUGAAGUACACAAUCAGAGACCUCCUGCCGUUCCGCGUCUACAGGGUGGCCGUGGCCUGCAGGUCGCAGUUUGACGUGUGGAGCGACUGGAGCUCUGAGGACAGUGGGAUGACGUGGGGCAGAGCUCCCUCCCAGCGUCCUGAUGUGUGUUACAGAGUGGAGAAGUCAGAGAACACAUCUGUAAGAUCUGUUGAACUUCAUCUCAUGUGGAAGGCUCCUCGUGAGGCCGGGUGUCCUGUCCUUGGAUACCAGGUGAGCAAAGAGCCGGGUGGAUUUCUUCGUAACGUCACGGAGAGCAAAGCGACCCUAGUGGCAGAGGAGGGGACCUGCAGCGUUGCAGUCAAAGCCUUCAACAUGGCCGGCUAUGGACCUGCUGCACAUCUCAGAAUUGACCCACAACACCAGAACACGGUGCGGCCCAUCAGAAGUAUGUGGGUUUCCAGCCUUUAUCCGGAUAAAAACGCAUUUCUAAUCCAGUGGGAGACCGCCGGCGUCGCCUCGUCCUCUGCUCUGUUCGAUGGUCAUUUUGUCAUUCAGCUGCACUCUGAGACAAAGCCGUCCUCCAGCCGCUGGGCCGAAGUGGACGGCUUCAACACCUCCACAACCGUACAAGUUGUUGAUCCGGAUGAGUCCUUCCUGAUCACUGUGUUCCCCGUCUCCAAGCAGCAGUAUGGACGUCCUCGGUCUCUGUCUGCCAGCCUGCAGCGUGGAGCUCUGAUGGGGGCGGUUGAUGUGAAGAUUGUUAAUGUGACCAGAACAACGGUGACGGUGAAGUGUGUGUGGGUCAACGAGUCUCAAAUCAGAGUGACCGAAUACCGAGCCGUCCUGAAGACAAACUCACACACAGGAAACGUUCAAACCGUGUUCCUGUGGCCGCAGCAGAUGCAGCACACCUUCUUCAACCUGACGCCCAACACUGAGUAUUCUCUUUCCCUGCUGGCCGAUAAUUUCUCCAGAGCUAUUACUCCUGUGACAACAGAGUUUGAUGAACAUCCAGCUGUGGCUACAGUGACUCCUCUGCUGCUGCUUGCUGUGACUGUGCUGAUCAUCUCCAUCCUGUCCAGGACUGUGUACAAGUCAUACUUCGUCCCGUACGUCUCCAGCCCUCAAGGAAGCACAACUGGCCAGUGGCUAAUGAACACAAACCUACAGAAGAGCACUCAGAGACACAUUUUAGAUAUCCAAGACUUCCAGGUGACUGACAUGCUCGGAGAGAAAAGUCUCAUCAUGUUGAGUCCAAACCGCCGGCUGUCGUUUGAAGAAGGCCUUGCUGUCAAACUGUCGACGCUUAGACUGGACGCAGACUGCGUUCGUGGUGCUCCUCAAAGCUCAGAGUACAAGCAGUUCCAGAUGCAUGAAGCUAACGGCCAGUUUCCUCGGGACAACGGAGAGAAUGACAAUAUGUCACGUCAGAUUGACGCUGCUGUGAAACGCCACCUUGAUCAACUUCUGGCUGACAGUCACUGUGUGCAGCAGAUGGUCUGCGAGGCAGAGUAUUUGGUGAACACCCCCCUUCUGGGAGAAACAGAAGUAGAAGCAAUGAGCAGACAGAGUGACUGCACUCAACUGAUCUGUGAGGCUGAAUAUAUAGACAACAACUGCUUUAUGUCAAAAGCUGAAGAUAAAGACUGGACCCACAACUUCUGUCCUACAGAGGUCAGUGAUGAAGAUGAAAAAUAGCAUGAAAUUAAUGCUAGCUAAGCUAAGGACCCCAUGUGGCUUAGAUCUCUGUGGAGUCCAAGCAGUAAUUUUAAACAUGCUUACAGCACAAAAAAUAAUUUUGGUCGUAGCUUUUUUCUCCAUUCAUGACAUCUGUUUUUUUUUUUUUUUUUUUAAAUCUAACUCCUGUUUAAAUUCCAUCAAGAUGCUUUGAGGCACGGCCACUGAGGAGACAGCCCACUGAUCUCCAUGUAAAAAUAUUCAACUUUUAUUAUAGCGCAUUUACAACGUGAAAUAAAGAACCGUGUCUCUUUUGCUAGUUUCUCCAUUCAUGACAACUGUAUGUUUUGACCUGUUUGGCCAUUUAUGAAUUAGUCCGUCUAGUAACGACUUUUAUACAUCUGGCUUUGAUAUAUUUUUAGAAUAUUUUAACGUUAAAAUUUGUUAUACUCUCAUAGUUUGAAGCUCUCAUGGUUUCUUGUUUUAGUUUGUCUCUGAUAAUUUUAUUGUCAUUUAAACUCUAGUUUCUGUCCCUUUUUUGCCCUAUCCACUUUUGGCCUACUUUAUUUUGGUUUUUGUUCUUUGUUUAAACUUCUUUUCAGACUGAUGUGUUAUAGCUUCAGAACAUGUUCAAUAAAACAAGAUAUGUGGUU